AUGUCAAAAUUGAAAGUGUUUCUGCUUUUGUUGAUUAUAUUAGUCACUGGAAUUGACGGUCGAAUUCUUCGUAAACGACGUGGAAUAUGGCCAGAUGUUCUUGCCCCAGCUGGAAAUACGUUUGCAGCAAGUGGCCACUAUGGAGUGCAAAGCUACAUUGCAUAUCCAGAGACUGGUAUUGCCUACAAUCCAAAUUUUCCAGGUUGGAAUCCGUACUGGCAAGGCUACUAUCAACAAAAUCAAUUCAAUACUUAUAACCCGUAUGGAUACAACCAACCAUAUUUGUAUGGCAGUGGUCAAGGCAUACCAUACGAAGGACUAGGAAUGAACAACGUGUUUCCUUAUAGUAGUCCACAACUCUAUAAUGGAUAUUAUCCGAGCGGAACUGGCAAUCCCUGGUAUCCACCCCGCAGCAAUUUUGGUAGACCACUGCGUUCAGGCGCCAUCAGACCAAGAACAGCUAGUAAUAUCGGUCGAGCAAGUUCAGUCCAACGUAUAAAUAUACCGGCAUCACCACCAAAUAACCCAACAAACAAAUGA